GUCAAUAAAAUGACUUAAAUGUCAAAAUCCCAGGACUUUUCCCAAGUGCGGUCCGGUUGUGUUUUUCUAAUUAAAUUACUUUAUUAAUUAAUUAACCGUCGAAUCCUUCUAGUCAUGUAAAAAACACCCAAUAAUCGUAUCCUUGUAGUUGUAGUUGUAGUUAUUUAAAAUGGUGUCUAUCAUAAAAAACCAACUGUUGAAACAUCUUUCACGGUUUACGAAAAACCUAUCGGCUGACAAAAUUAACCUGAGCACCUUUAAAGGUGAAGGGGAACUAUCAAACUUGGAAUUGAACGAAAUCGUUUUGACUGAUUUACUGGAAUUGCCUUCCUGGUUGCGCCUGACGAAGGCCUGGUGCAACAAAGUCACCUUCCGCAUCCCUUGGACGAAGCUGAAAAGCGUCCCAAUCCACCUGAGCCUUGAUGAGGUGAACAUAACGGUGGAAACGUGCGAGGAGCUGCGCUCGAUGUCGGCCCAAGGGGGGCUGUCGUCGUACGCGGUUCCCGGCAAAUACAGCUUCAUCCAUAAAGUCAUAGACGGGAUUACAGUGACGGUAAACACCGUUAAUAUUUUAUUCAACAGCCCUGCCUUCACGGCUAGUGUUCAGUUGUCCCGAAUCGUCGUGGAGUCAAAGAGCCCCAAAUGGGCGAAAAGCGACUUACGAUUGACGAGACUCAAGGACGGGGAGAAAGGCCAGUUGUUGAUUUUCAAAGAGUUGGAGUGGCAGACGGUUCGAAUCGAGGCUAAAUCAACGAUUGAUAAAAACUUGACGCCCUUGAGACUCCUCACAAACCAGGCGCGGUGUCGGAUCGUUAUCAAGAAACGACUUUCAGACUGCUUCAUAAUGGGCUCACGCCUUGUCAUAAUCCUCGAUGACUUGCUCUGGGUCUUAACCGACUCCCAGCUGAAAGCGGCGCUUCAUUUCCUCGAUUCCUUGGCUGGACUUGUCCAGAAAGCGACCCAAAUCUCACGCAAGGCCAAAGCCGCGCGAAAACUCGAAGAAUUCCCGGAAUAUCAAGCGCAGUUGGCUCAGGAAGCGCGCUCUAAAGGCUCCGCCAAACCCAACAUUUUCACUUAUUAUGAUGUGGUUGAAACGUCUUAUCAUUUCUUAUCAAAUCAGAUUGUUUUGCACUUGUGUGACGAUCCGGGCGCGGGCCGCUCCGCACACCCCAAUUUGAAAGAUGGGGGCGCUCUCCAAAUCGCAGUGAAGAGGUUUCAAAUCGACUUCUACCCUUAUCAUUUAGCCAAGGGCAACCGCAAACACUGGCCCAAAUAUAACGACACUGCGGUGCCCCACACCAUAUGGCAGGAGCAAGCGCUCCAAGCCUUCAAAACGAAGUUUUUCGACCUGAUUGAUCGGAAUAAAAUGCAGCAUACGCCGUUAAGUCGGGCCAGGAAAAUGAGAAACGAGAGCGAUGGUCGUGUGGAGUUUGAGAGUGGGGUCCCGGGCCGAGCGUACGCCCCGGAGUCGCCCGUCGACCUCAGGAAGCCGCCCAGCCCGAGUCAGAAGGAAAUGAAGCAAAGGAUUGAGUUCCAAUUGAAUAAGAUGAUGACGACUUGUGUUAUAAUGCGGAUCGAAGAUUUUACGCUGUAUAAGGUGACAACCUCUGGGAGAAAACAGGCUUUGAAAGAGUUUAUUGCCGCUCAGCAUAAAAGGAAAGAUAAGAAUGCGCCGACAGGUGAUCGUGAUCAUAUGACGUUACCUAAAGAUGCGAGCAUUGUUCAUGCCGAGUUUAUUUACUAUUAUUAUCCGAGCGAUAUACCCUUUCCGUUGCCUCCCCCGAAAUUCUACGUUCACUUAAACCCCGUCCAAAUCGUCUUCGACGUCGACUCCUGUCUCUGGCUCAACUCUUUCGGUCUAAACCUCUACCAAUCUCUCAUGUCGUCCAAACAGCCAACUGGCGCUUCUAACUACACUUACGUAGACGUGAAAAUUGAAGCAAUUCUUCCACGGCUCAACUUCGAGAGCACCAUUGACUACCCCAACCAACGAGACCGCCCCAAAACCCUCAGUUUUCAAGUCACAAGAGUCAACAUCACGAACGUGAGAAGUCUCGAGCAGUCAUCCAGGGCCGACCUAGCCAAAUGCGUCGAUUCGUUCCACAUGGGGUCCCUAUUUUUCGGCACGGAUUUUCCCUCACAACCGGCCGAUUUCUACGUCGUGACCCAGAAAUUUCUAGACCAUAUUUCGGCCAACGAUAACAUACGGAGUGUCCCCAACGAGCUUGACGUCUCAUCGCUUGAAGCUCUGGUUGAACAAUUGAGCCGCGAAUUGUUAUGGACCGAGGCUAAGGACGUCUGGUGCGUGAACCUUGACCCCGUUUGGGGCGACUUCCUGGGGGCCCGUGCCGUGGGGGCGGCCAAACCUGUCCCAUUCCUGGACGCUGUGCCCGUCACUGUCUGGCUACACACCCAUAUGGACCCCAAUUCGACCAUCAAAAUUGAGAAAAAUAUGGCAAAUGCCGACAUACACGCCCUGGCCCACAUCUCGAAUCUAGUCAGCGUGCAACUCAACCACUACCAAUACUUGUUUUUGUUAAGACUGGCCGAAGAUGCCUCCGAAAUGGUUACUUUCCUAUCAAUUGACUCGAACCGGAUUUUGAAAGUUGAGAGCAGUGGGAGCGUUGCCGUGGGGGCGCUCUUACCCCAGCUGGAGGUGACCUUCGUUAUGCCGUCGCAGUGCCCAGGUAAGGAGUCUUCAGGGGGCGACGUGGAGUCUUUCGUUCCUGAUUCUUCGAGUAUCGCUGAUGACGUAAAUGUGGGCUCGACUGCGACAGUAUGGCAGACUAGCACACUUUCGAUACAUCAAGACGGCGCGAUUCGGAAAAACAUGGCGAAUGGCUCGGGUCAGAUCGAGUUAAAUCGCAGUUAUUCGAUGGAAUUUACCCAAAGUAGCCCCGAAAUUAAAAAAUCGAACCAGUUCGCCAACAUUAACAUACAAAAUAAUGUGAAUGCGGGGUUGUCUUCAAUGAAGAAAGGUUUCGCCAAUUUUAUGUCAUCGCUAGACAGCGCGCUUAAGCCGAGUCCUGAUGAUGUUAGCGAUACGGCGUCGAUACGUAGCGACGCGUCUAGUGAUAGUGAAAAUUACGUCAUGAUAAGCAUGGAAACGUCAGACGCGGCCAUUUCCGAUUUGAUGUUUAAUGUGAAAGAAUUUUCACUGGAAAAUACGGGUCCAGUGGAAAUGGCCAGCGAAGUGAUGGAAGAUGAGAGCACGAUCACCACAACUAGUGAUCACUCGUUGACUAGCAGUUGUAGGCGAAAAGAUUUGAUUUCAGUUGCCACAUUUAAAUUAAACAAAGUCGAAUUUUUGCAACAAUCAAUGGGUUAUUCGUCUUCCAUUAAAGUGCAAGUCGGGAAUAUCACUUGUGAGGAUUGUAGUUCGAUUCCUUGGGACGAGUUUCAGGCUAAAAUGAAGAGCAAAUUCAACUCGCGAGCCCGCGCCUGGACCGACAACCCCACAAGCAACACAACAUCACCGAAAGUGAAGCUGCGACUCGACCACACUUUAACUCUCCCCAGCUCCAAAUCAAUGAUGCAGUUAGAUUUCCGAGACCGAGACAACUUGAAAAAACUCUUCCGAGAUUUGCUAACAAUUAAAGUCUCCGAUUUGUACUUGGACCUAAACAUGAGUACGGUAACCGGGUUGGCGGACUUGGCCGAGGAUGAAAUAAUCCCGAUCCCGAUCCCUAUGCACAUCUCACUGGACAACGUCCAAGUGCACCUCAACGAAGACCGCCCCCCGGUUAACAUAACGUCCCCAGGCCCCAUCCCGAUCGAUUUAAACGUAACUCAGUUGUAUAUAAUGAGGUCUACGGACGGGGUUUUCAAUAUUUUGCCCCACAAACCGAACGAACUGUCUUCGAGUUCGUCCCUGGCCUCGGACCAGGAGCAGAAAUUGGGUCGCUUGACCUCUGAUAACGAGGAAUUGAGGCGCCGUUUGGCGGCGUUCGAGCGAGUUUCGGAGGAGAAUCGCUCGUUGAGGAAAUCUGAGGAGGAAACGUCGGUUUUGAGGUCGUGCUUGGCCUCGGCGCAGGACGAAGUCGCGCGGCUUUUAGACGAGAAAAAUAAGUUACUGGAGGAGGUGAAACAGUUGAAAAGUCAGAUGGCGAAUCGGCAACUGAGUGGCAAGAGAUAGCAAUGCUGUUUUGACUGCACAAACUGCUGCUCUAACGUUAAAAAAACUUAGGCGUAGUUUAGUCAGUCGUUUUAGUUAGGUGUGCGUAGUUUAGCGCUUUAUUGAAGGCUUGAUGUUUAUUCAAACUUGUUUUUGGCACAGAGAAUCGGGGUAAACUUGCAAUAAUUACGUUGAUAUUUACUUUAUUUUGUGCUGUGACGUAAUUUUAAGUGUAAAUAUAUGUCUGGUCAUGUAAAUAAAGGCGCUUGGAUUGAUAAUGCCAAAGAACGUUUGAAUAAUUGUUCUUCACUCAUGUAUUUCUUCCAUCCACUUUAAUUAGGAUCGUGACACUUUUUAGAGACUGGGUUUCAUUACUGUUACAUAAAGACGUUAUAUUUAGUGACAAAUUUUAUUAUAGACUGUUUUUAGUAUCAAUUUUUUUAUUAUUUAAAAGUACUUAGAAUUUUAUCUAUGUUAUAAUGAUAUUGAUACAAAUUGCAAAACUGUUUCAAUAAAUUGUUUUCGCAUCA